CUUCCACAUACACGAAUGCAGCACAAUAAAAUGGCUGCGCCGUGUAGAGGAAUGGUGUGUCGCCGCCUUCGACAGCUUAUGCACGUUUUUUGGAGAACAGCCACAGAAAAUGUGGCUUUUCGUCCGUUGUCCAGCACCUCGAGUUGUCAGUCUACUUCACAUACCCAAAGUGUAAAGCAGAGAACGGGUUCGCCUUGGAGUUUGAUGGCUGCGGUUUGUUUGCAGAGACUUCCGGUGAUUUCAGCAGAAUUAAAUGAUGUGGAGGAGCGUUUUAAUCGUCUAAUGCGCCAGAUGGAACUGGAAAAGAGCACGCUGUCUGACCAUGAGCUGCGGGUGCUGCAGGAUGCAGAGAGAGUGAGCCGUGAGCAGUCGGGCAACUAUGGUGACGAGGAUGACAACCGGGAGAUUAUACUGGCUCAGGACCUGGAAGACUCCUGGGAUCAGAAGCUGAAGGACUUCCAUCCAGCACCAAGAACCAGAGCUGAUGUAGAUGAGGAUCGGACUUCUGUGGAACGCUGUCUAGCCGACUCCUUGGUUCUUGUGGCGGAGCAGCAGCUCGGUCCAGGGAAGCUGUGGCUGCUGCCUCAGGCGCAGUGGCAGGAAGGAGAAACCCUGCGGCAGACGGCUGAGAGAGCGCUCGCCUCCAUUUCAGAUGCUGAUUUUAAGGCCACUUUCCUCGGCAGCGCCCCCUGUGGUGUGUACAAGUACAAACUGCCCCAAGCAGUUCGGACAGAGAGCUCAGCGGGAGUGAAGGUGUUCUUCUUCAAAGCCAUCGUGUCAGACGGGGGUCCAUCUGCGGCUCCAAAUGCUGCUUCACUGUGGCUAAAGAAAAGUGAACUGGAGCACUAUUUAAAACCGGAGUACCUGAAGAAAGUGAAGCCUUUUAUCAUCAGUGUGUAACGCCGUUUUGCACAUGGAACUGAUUUAAAGAAUAUUGUUCCUGUCUUGCUGUGGUUACUCUGAAAACAUGUCGAUGUGUUUCCAUGUAUAAAUACUGUCCUCACAGUGCAGUGGUUUUCAUUUUGCCUGGAAGUAUUUGUGUGACAUGAUGUGUUUGACCAGUGACAAACCAUAAAUGUCA